UUCCUGACUCUCAUCAAUCUUAUACCUGUUCAACCAUGCCUCAACCAGCCCUCCCGCUCAACAAGUACCUCUCCGCACAACUGCCCGCCGUCCGGGAGAACUUUCCCGCCGGUGGGGGUGCCACGGGGGAGAGGAAACAGUACGACGGGGUAUUGACCGGCGUCUCGAUCGUCGACGAUUUCAAGUCGCUCGUCAGCUCCUAUGCAAAGACCCUCCCCGAAAAGCCCAUCGCUGCUCACCCGUCCCACCCCUUCCCGCACUUUCUCACGGUCCUCCCUAAACUCCCCAAAGAGCUCAAAUCGGCUCAAGACGUUCAACAGUACCUCCGUCAACUGCCCCUGGCUGCGACCGCCGCUACCCUCUGCGCUCUCUCUGGUACCGAACAAGGGACCGACUACGCUUCCCUCUCCUCGAACUCUAGGAUCGAUGCGGCCGGGUACGAGAGCGACGGGGGGGAAGAAGCGAGGUUGGACGAGGCUGGCAAGGCCAAGGGAGGUGCUGGCGAGCAAGAGUCGCAUGGGGAGGAAGAAGGGGAUGCGGGGAAGGAGGCCAAGGUGGACGUUCCCGGACCUAGUUGGGGAUGGAGGUUCAACAAGAGUCCGUUAGGCUCGGGAGAGUUCCUCCUGAUCGACGAGAAGAACCCGGAAAAGGUCCACCUGGUCGUCAGGACGAUCAACUCGUCGGCGUUUUCCAAUGAGGAUUGGGAAGAGUAUGUCUACGAGGGACCUUACCACUACAACAUCAAGAACAAGGCGUCCUGGUACCAUUCGAGGAACUGCAAGGCUUCCAGGAGGUUGGGAUGCAGGUACUUUGUCUUUACGGAUUAUCAACGGUGGUUGUUCGGGGUGUUUAGCGAGGAUUAUUCCCACCUGAACAUCACCCCGAUCCUCCCUUACACCGCUUCAAACCCGACCGUCCUAGAAUCCCUGGUCUACUGGACCCGAUCCGCUAUCGGUUCUGAGCAGGGCUACAAGGUCAACAUCAAGGACGUCUCGGGUUCACAGGCGCCCUUUGACGAGAAGAGCGGGUUGGCGAGGAACGGGAGUGUCAAGAAGCAGAGCAAGGGUGGAGUCAGUUUGGGCGCCGAGAGCGAUAUCGAAGAGUAGGGGCCGUCUGACAUCGUCCUCGUGUCCCUAUCUUAGCAGAGACGAGUUGGCUUGUCUUGCUUGUUCAACUCAUUUCUCUUCUGUCGCAUCCCGCCCCAUCCCCCUCUCAGAUUAUUAAACAAUGUCCUCAUGUAUGUAUUCCCUCGUUGUCUACAUCUUUCCUCUAUAUCCUUCAUUUUCUCGUUCUGGACAGGCGAUGUACCCAGGCUGCAGCACAUCGAGGAGGCUCAGCUAGGCUAAGUAUAUUGAUGGCACAGACCUUUCCUGACGUGACACUCGACCUGAACCUCGAUUUGAGCUCGC